AUUUGCAUGCUUUUCUUGCCUCUUCAUAUCUUAAACAUUACCCUCAUUUUCACCACUUUAAAUGUUAAUUACUCUUCAAUGCACAUUUCACCACCAUUACAUUAUUCAUCUCUCUUGUUUUGAAAAAUGGGAAGGCCUCCUUGUUGUGAUAAAACCAAUGUCAAAAGGGGUUUAUGGACUCCUGAGGAAGAUGCUAAAAUUCUUGCUUAUGUUGCUAAUCAUGGAAUUGGAAAUUGGACAUUGGUUCCGAAGAUCGCCGGGUUGAAUCGGUGCGGUAAGAGUUGCAGAUUAAGAUGGACUAAUUAUCUAAGACCUGAUUUGAAGCAUGAUAGUUUUACACCACAAGAAGAAGAACUCAUUCUUACUCUUCAUGCAGCUAUAGGAAGCAGAUGGUCAUUAAUUGCAAAAAGACUACCUGGAAGAACAGACAAUGAUGUUAAGAAUUAUUGGAACACAAAAUUAAGAAAGAAGCUUAUGAAAAUGGGAAUUGAUCCAGUAACUCAUAAGCCAGUUUCACAAGUUCUUUCUGAUUUAGGAAGCAUUAGUAGCCUCACAACAAUAACCACUCAAAACCAAAUGAAUUUUGUCAAUAACAAUACAAUUUUGGAGCAUCCCAAAGAGGAACAAGUUCAAUAUCACCACCAAUUCACAAACCAAGAGAGUUUCCAGCAACAAUAUGUUCUAAAUGAAGUUGCAUCUUCGACUUCGUCAUCAUGUUCCUCUAGUUUAACAAGACUAAGUUCACCGAUUUCGUACUCGUGCAAAACUUCACAAGCUCAGAUUAAUCCUAACUUUGAUUGGAGCGAGUUUCUUCACAAUGAUGAGCCGUUUAUGUGGUCGGAGAUUCAACAGAUUCAACAAUGUGACAUACAAAGGGUGAUGUCGUCGUUGAACCUCUCGGGUUUAAUGCAAAAUGAAGGUGAAAUUUCUAAUAAUAAUAGUAAUAAUUAUAAUGGUAAUGGAAGUGAUAAACAAGGUGGUUCAAGUGAAGGUUUUGAUGCUGUUGCUUGUGUUGCAAGUAAGGAAUAUGAAAUGAAUAAGCAAUGUGAAGGAAAUUCAUUUUCAGGGAAUGAGUUUGUGGAUGGUAUUUUGGAUAAGGAUAGUGAGAUAAGGGCAACUUUUCCUGAGUUUUUAGAUGCAUCUUUUGAUUAUUGAUUAAGUGCUUUUAUUAGAUUAUUGGACUCAAUUAUAUGUUGUUGCUUUUGAUUUUUGUGU